UUUUUAUAGCAUCGCUUUUUUUCGUUUUGGGGACUUGAAUAGCUUUUGAGUGCCUCCGAUUCUGGACCAUUUAUCCAAAGCCCGGUUGCUUGGUGGUAGAUACAGACAGUACAGUGAAGAGAAGUUUGGUGUCUUGAGAAUAUUAUGAACUUCUUGAAUUCCCACAUCCAUGGCGAUUCGACAAAUCAAUCAAACACUGACGACGAUCUCAAGUAUGGUUUCCAGCGACAAGACAUGUACAAGUCCUCUCUCGCCGGAACUGUCGACGCGUACGGCCGCCACGUCUUUCUAUGCUACAAAAGUCCCGAUAACUGGCCUGCCAGUGUAGAAGACCCCGAGUUCGAUCCUAUUCCCAGGCUUCUAUCUUCAGCUCUCAAGUCCCGUAACAACCAAUUCCAUGGAAAGAUUCGUUUAACGCUGUGUGAGGGAAGGGAUGGUAGUACAGAGUCUUCGAAUGGGGACAUUUUAAUUUUUCCAGACAUGAUUAGAUAUAGGGGUUUGACACAUCUUGAUGUGGACACUUUCGUAGACAAUGUGUUUGUGAGGGGUUCCCAAUGGGCAUCACGAGUGCCAGAGACGCUGACCGGCUCAUAUGUGUUUGUGUGUUGCCAUCAGAAUAGAGACAAGAGAUGUGGUCUAUGUGGCCCUGUUCUCGUUGAGAGGUUUAAAGAAGAGAUUGAAUCACGAUCCAUGAAACAUCAAGUGUUUGUUAGUCCUUGCUCUCACCUUGGUGGGCACCAGUAUGCUGGUAACUUGAUCAUUUUCAGCCUUCUUGAGGGAAAAUGUGAAGGUCAUUGGUAUGGUUAUGUAACUCCAAAUGAUGUCCCUAUUUUGCUUGAUGAGCAUAUCGGGAAGCGAAAGAUUGUUGAACGGUUCUGGAGGGGUCGAAUGGGCUCAUUGAACAGUGAAGGGAAGAAAUUUGAAGAACCGAAGCUUCAACAAAAUAGCUGUGGCUUGUUGAAUGGAACAAGCUGUUGCUCUGGUUCUGACAGAGUUUCUUGUUGUGCAAACAAAACGGUGGAAGAGAACACAGGUGUUGGAGAGAAGAAUAUGAGAGAUGGCACUAGAACUAAGGGACUUGGCAGACUAUAGCCAUAGAAACGGUGGCAUCUAAGUGCAUGGGUCACAGCUUUUGCAGAAGGUCCCCUCCACGCUUGGAUUCUGGAUUCUACUUUGCUUGAUUGUUCAACGGGGGCUGCAUUGGAGAAGGUAGUGAAGCAUGCAGCUACUUCCAAUCUUUCAGAGCAGCCAAGCUUCUAUGGUACAUUAUGUGGGGAAGGUGGAUCCAAUCAUUUGAGCUAUAACCGAUGCCAUGCCAGGUGUUGUUUGGCCUAUGGGAGUAUGAUAUUAGCUCAAGGAUUUGUAUGCAGAGCUGGCACAAGAUCAAAUUAAACUUGGAAGAUGCUUCGUUUUUUUUGGGUCAACUUGGCUAACUUGGGUUUUCACGUCAAGGAGAAGAGUACAAAAGACUAUUAUUGUUGCUCAGAUGCCAAUGCCAUAUAUGUUCUGUUAAGCCUUGUAUCUAUCAGUGUUGUUAUCUGACAACUGUUAGAAUUGAUAGAGCCGGCCAUGAAAAACAAAAAGAAGUUUUCUACAUGGGCAAUGCUUAGUCCAAUUGAAAUAGCUCAAUCUAAUUGACAUCACAACUCCUCCUGACAUUGGAUUGUGAUGCUAACAAUUGGGGUGAGAGAGGAGGGCUUUCUGGUUGCAGACAAUGCUGAAAAUAUGUGCUUGUUUGUUCGGGCUAUGCAAGCACAGCGACGAAAAGUCCAGAAGGAAAAAUGGAUUUGGCGAUGCUUCCAUGUCGAUGGACUUGAGUGUGCAAUUGAAGGACAUUACUGUUAGAAUAAUUCAUGCGGGCGGGCGUGAAGAACUGUAUCGAACAGAGAUUUCUGCAUCGAAGUUAAUGGAAAAAUAUCCUGGGAUGUGUGUGGCUAGACCGGGAGUCUUCAAAUCUCCCCAUGAAUCUCUUUUAUUGGCAGAAGAGAAGCUUUUUCCAGGACAAAAAUAUUAUAUAAUCCCGUCUACAACUGUGCAGAAACUGAAGCGUAAGCAUUCAGAGAAGGGUAAAGUAAAAGAAUCUGAUGAGGGGAAAGCUAUGAUGUUGGAUGGACAGAUUGUUGAAGAUGUAGGUGACAAUUGUUCAGAGGUUUCUCUUUGUUCAACAGACUUCCAUGUCUCUGAAGAAAAGCCGACUGGACGUUUGCUGAGAAAACAUCGAAAAGAGAAGAAACCAUUUGUACCCCCAAUCCAAAAUUCAAAAAUGCUGAAGGGAAUGGUAUGGGAGCCCAGCCUAAAUUCCAUUCAAGAGGUCUCUCCGUGACUUUUCUGCACGAUAUUUGAUGGUUAGUUCUUACCAUGUAAUCUGGUAUGUAGAUCCUUCCAUGCAGUUGUGCUGCUUAUGUUUUGUACUUUUGUUGCAACAGAAAGAAAUUUGCUCUAAUAAGUCUUUUGCUGUACUCAUUUAAUCGAUAUGCUACUUAUGGCAUUUUUUUUGGAUUA